UCUACAACGUUUUUUUAUUUGAAAACCUGCGAGUUUUAGCUUUGUUUUGAGACUAAAAAAAAAAAAAAAACACACACACACACAUAUAUAUAUAAUAAUAAUAAAUAAAUAAAUAAUGUAAACCAUUUAACACUUGAAUGUUGCACAAAUCAUAAACCUGGCGGCGCAUUGGCUCACACCAAAGGAGUACCUACACCAGAUCAAGACCCCAACAGAAACCCCUGAAAAGGUUUGUGUCCUGUACAAAACCCUUCCCUCUCUCUCUCAUUCCUCUCGCUUUCUCUCUCUAAAACACUGUUACAAGAAUUGAAUGAACGCAACUCUCAGUUGCAUGGGAGAUCCGAAAAACAGAAAAAUGGUGUCCUUUUCACUCCCCCACUGUUGCCGAUUCUACCCUUCCGAAGACCAACUCCUAUGCUACCACCUCAGUAGCAAGAACGCCGAUGAUCGCCGAUUCGGGUGCGAUUUGAUCCGAGAAAUUGAUCUCUACGGUCACGACCCGUUCGAUUUGCCCGAAUCCUCUUGCUUCCACUUCAGUCGUGGAGGGAGGAAGAGGCACUGGUACUGUUACACGGCGAGGGUUUUGAAGGAGAGAGGGAGGAGGAGGGCCGGUGGUGGGUACUGGAAGAGUAGGGGUAGGGUCAGUGAUGUGUGUUCCGGUGCAGGGAAGGUUGUGGUGGGGACUAGGAGGACUUUUGUGUUCUAUUUGGGGAAUUCCCCAAAAACUGGCAAGCGGACCCAUUUGGUUAUGUAUGAAUAUACCCCAAUUGAUCAUAAUCAGGCUUCCUUUGUUCUAUGCCGGAUAUUUGCUAAAUCUCAUGCUGUAAAUAACAUAUUAGAGCAUGUUCUAAGUUCUUGUGGUGAAGGAAGAGUUGCAACCGUACGUCACAUUCGUAUUCAGUAUGAUGGGACCGUGCAUGAUGACAAUUCUGUUGAAAGGAAGAAUGAGGUUUUGAGAUUUCCAAUGGGAAUGGUUGAUGAGCUUGAUGAUCGAGUUCCUGCUGAGGCUGUCACUGUUGCCAGCUUUCAACUUCCUUCUAGCACACAGCCUAAUGAGCCGGUGAUGUCGUCUGGGCUUAGCGGCAAUGGCACGGUGUUCAUUGAUGAUUUGGCUACUCAGCAAUUAAUAGCCUUUUUAGAAGACAAUUAUAUAGAGUUGGAUGAUUUUUCAUACCCACCUUCAGGUUGUUCGGUCUCUGUGUUUGGGGGCGGGAGUGCUUGGUCGCAGGGGUUCCUUUGUCAUGAUCAAUUUCAAUGCUGAGGUUGAACUCAUAGUUCAAAAACCUGAAAUCCCCAAUGGGACAUUUAAUGGAGCAAAACAUCUGUCAAUUAUGAAGUUACCAGUAAUGUAGCUUGGUAUUUCUUCCUGUAACUUGGUAUAUAUAUCUUGAUUCCUUUUCUUGUUUAAUCUUCAAUCAUUUUCUUUUCUUUUCUUUUCAUAUAUAUACUUUUAUAAUUCUUUAAAUUAGAGUAAAUACUUGGAGAA